UUCAGGGUUCCGUUAAGCGCUGCGAGGGCAGCCCUGGAGUCUGUGAAUGGAUCGCUUUGGCGCUAGAAAGGCAGCCGCUGGACGUAUUGGCGCGCCUUGGUCCGUGCGUCGCGUAAGCCUGCUCCUCGUGCCGCCUGAGGUGCCUGCCUUUGUUUCCCGAUGAAUUAGGUAAGAAGUCAGAAGAGGCAGCAGAGCUAACAACGUGCAGCUCUUGGGUGAGGCUGAUUUGAUUCCCCAGGCCGCGGCGGCCGGUGGUGGAGCUCGACAGUGUGGCGGCGGCGCGUCUGGGGUCCCGACGACAAUCACCACCACCACCACCACCACCACCACCCAAAAGCGCUCGCUUCUCCCACCCAUUUCGUCACUCCCCAACUACCAUCGCCAACCUUCGUCGCCUUCAGCACAGCGUCCCACGACCGCGUUGUCAGGCGCGGCUUUCCCAGCGCCUCCACCGCAUUCACCCCCGUCUUUCUCGACUGCGCAUCUGCCGAGCGGCCCUUGACAUCUGCUGCUGGCGAGCGCAAGCGACCUUGCUGCUGUGCCACCAUGGCGGACGCUUCUUCCUUCGUCAAGCCCGACCCGGAGGACGAGGAAAAGAAGCCCCUCGCCGCCCUCGACGACGAUGAUCUCUACGAGGACGCCGGCGAUCUCGAGUUCUACGACAAGAGCGCCGCCGGCCGGCAAUUCGAGACGCUCUACCUGGCCCGCGUGCCGCGCUACAUGUGGGAUGCCUGGCUCAAGAUGACGGACCGCCUCGGCGACGACGACGAGAUCCAGAUCGGCACGCUGCGAACCUGGAACGAGCCCGUCCCCGACGCCACCAUCGAGGGCGGCACGCGCGACGUCACUAAGCUGCGCAUGUUGCUCGAUGCCAACUGCCCGGAGCACCAGAUGCUGCCGCGCGAGUACGACCUCGAGGUCCUCGAACGCGACGUCCACAACCACUUUGUUUUUAGCGAGCAGGACCUCGAGAGCUACAAGGCCAAGAACAAGGAGCGCGCCGAUGCCGCCGCCGCAGGUAUCCCUAUGUCGCUGCUGCGCCAGAGGCAGGCCGCCGAGGGGCAGGCGGGUCAGUCCUCGGGCCCCCAGCGUAACUCAUACGACCGCAAGAGCCGGUACCAGCCCUACUAUCGCAAAGCCAUUCCCAAGAGGACCAAGAUCUUUGGCAAAAUUCACUACGAUGUGCGAGUCGAGCCGCGCAACAUCCAGGAGGAGGAGCGACUGCUCGCCCAGCGUCUGUUUGACGCCGAAAACUCCAAGUCGAAGCUUCGCAUCAUCAGCCGCAACAGCGCGUCGGCCAUUAUCAACCCGGGCACCGCCACGGCCGCCCAAUGGAGCGGCAACUUUAUCAAAAAUGCUCCGCAGGUGGUCAAGCCCAAGAAGGGCGAGGUGUUCAAGGCCGCGCGUAUCCCCAAGAACCAGCUUCUGGAUCUCAUCUUCGACUGUUUCCGCCAGUAUCAGUACUGGUCCAUGAAGGCCCUGCGACAGAAGCUGCAACAGCCCGACUCGUACCUGCGACAGGUAUUGGAGGAGGUGGCUGUAUUGCACAAGAGCGGCCGCUUCGCAAACCACUACGGACUCAGCGAUGCGUACAAGGACAAGGCGGGCAGCGAGGCCAAGGAAGAGGCGGCCGAGGCUGCCGACGAUGGGGACGAUGACGAGCCCGAGGAGAUGGAGGAUGUGCUACCCACGCAGUGAGUGCACGGUAUAGCUACCUAACGGACAUGGCUGGCCGGGGUCGGAAGUAAAAGGGAAGACACAUGUGGCGUUUUGGCGUUGAGCUCGACUCUGGGCAUGGAUACCCGAUUUCAUAGAUGACCGGGAGGGACCUAGACAAUCUUGACUGUAACAUCUCCCAUUCUCAUGCCUUGCCCUGGCCGGGAGCAGGGGGAUGUGCAUUUUGCGCUCGUGGCUUUGCACGUGAAGAUGGGUCACCUUCGGAGCUGGCUGAUGCUGAAUGCUUUCAAGUUAGUAACUUAGUAUAUCAAGAAUCAAUUGGGC